AUGCGAGCGGAGCUCAUGAUGAUGGAUCAAAAGAUUACCAAACGCAAGCAACGAUUUGGCGUAGAUCUGUACGACACUUUGGCGUUGCACGCACGACAAGACCCCGACUUUAUCAUUGAGAGUCCAUCGCUCGAGCAGAUUCGUGGUCACUUUGUCACGGCGUUCAAAGAUCACAAGGCGCUGCGGCAAAAGCUGGCGUUGCAACAACAAGGAUUGGUUGAGCUGGGAGAACGACGCGAAAUUGCCUUUCCAGCAGUUCCGGGCGAAGGAGAAACAACGCUGGGUGGAAAAGCCAAGAAUGCCGGCAAGGCCGCCAACUUUUUACGAGAAGAAACCAUGUACAAGAGCAAAAUUGCCGCGGUCGAAGCGGACAUGAAACACAACAAGAAGAAAUUCGGUGUCGAAGUGUACCUGUUGUUGGUGCAUCUGGAAGACAGUCAAAAGUGGUUGUCGCCCGAUCGAGAUGUCCGAUUUCUCUACGAUGCGGCACGACGAGAUGUCACGCGUCUGCUCAUGGAAAAACAACAAAAAGAAACCGACUUGAGAGCUCUCUCUGGAAAGUCUGUUAUUUGA